AUGAUGGAGGAGGACGUGGUGGGAGACGGCCUCGUUCCAUCCAUGUCUCCGACAAGCCAAGUCGCCCAACCCCCCCGCGACGAGUUUCAUCUCUUCGCCCUGCUCCCGCCGGAAUUGCGUCUCAAGGUCUGGGCUUUCAACUUGCCCAGGUCUCGCCUCGUCUCCAUCCGCUGCGGCUCUCGCUCACCCUCGUUGCACCAGCUGGCCGAGGGCCCCUUGGCUUGUUCGACAGGCUGCACGUCCGACGCGACGAUUCCCAUCAACCUGCACGUCUGCGCCGAGUCCCGCACCGAUGCCUUCAAGAGCUACCGCCACGCCUUCGGCUUCGCACGCGGGCCGGGCCACGUAAUCUUCAACCCCGACAGCGACAUCCUCUUCUUCGGACCGCGAGACGGGUACAUGGCGGCCGACUCGCAAUUUCACACCUGCAUGUCCAUGUGCGACCAGGCCGAGCUCGCUUCCGUGCGUCGCGUCGCCAUCAGCGACGCCCUCUUCUGGGUCGACGAUGUCUACCGAUCGAUGACCGCCGCGAGCUUGACCGUCGAGGUCAUCAAGCAGCUUGCCUUGCGCAUGCCCCGCCUGGAGCACGUCAUCUUCGUGCCCCGAGAAGACGGCGAGGCCGCCGACCUGGCCGUGGCCGUGAAGCGCAUGGCCCUCCAGAUCGAGACGGCGGCCGCGAAUGUGCGCCGCCAGUUUCCGAACUGGCGGUUCCCCCCUUGGGACAUCAUGUGCCGAAGCUCUCUAUCGGCCGCAUGCAGCUGA